AUGCGGCUUGAGUGCUACACGUUUCUCAUGCUGGCUGCGCGGUUCCGAACUAAGCCUUGGUUUGUGGAUCUUCGGGUGCAAGAUUACUCGAAGCAUAUCGACUUCGUGCUUGGCGAUAAGAUCUAUCUUCUGCAGAUGGCACGCACAGAUGGCUCCUCAGGGACUCAAGCUGUCAACCCCUCUUGGUCUUUGCUCUUAAAUUUUGAGCACCGCCUGCGAAAAGAAGCAUACAAGGGUGCAUGCAGGGACAACCGGGACAUUGCCAGCACCCUCGCGGAGGUCCGGCAAGAUGCUGCCUUGAAGGAGACACACUUUGUGGGACCGCUCGCGCUAGAGUUAGCCAGCCGCAGUGCCUCUGCUGCGGCGCCGCCGCCGCCGGCGAAAUGGCCUCGCUUACAAGAUCAUGUACCGGGUGCAGAAGGAGGUGGCAAAGGUCGUGAUGGCAAAAGCCGGGGCAAAGGUGGCAAGAACACGCACCCGGGGCUUCGCAUCGGGUAUCCUUCUGCAAAGGGCUUUGUGUUCAGCUCGACGCCCGACGGGCGACAGAUAUGUUACGGCUACAACAACGGCAGCUGCAAGGGGAAUUGCGGACGUGUACAUGUUUGCCAGCUUUGCUUGAAGCCUCACCCACGCAAGGACUGCAAGUUGCAGAAGGACAAGUCGGCAGGGUCUGGUGAAGGUGGUCGCCGGCACUCUGAUGUGCGCAUUUGCUUGCAGCAAGAGGCCAAAGCACGCAGAAUUCGUUUGCUGGGUCGUGAGAUCGACCUACUGGGAACAUCCUGGUGUCAGCACCUUCAGUCGGGCCAAAGCUCAUUGGCGCACCUCCGGUGGGCCCAGAUUUGCUUUGCACGAUUCGACAUCUCCAUGCCUUUCCUUCUGGAACAUCCAGAGCAGCUGGGUGCAGUCAACGACUUCAUUCCUGCCUCAGUGUGGGACUUCGACGAGUUCAAGCAUUUGCUCCUGCUGGAUAAUGUAAACACGAUGGCUUUCUUUCAAUGUCAGUGGGGUGCACCUUCCAGCAAGCCCACUCGUCUGGUCUGGAGUCGCCUGGAAUGGGCAGCGGCCAAGCUGUUUGCGGGUGUGCCAACUUUGGGUUCUGACGGUCGCUACAAAGGUCCGCUGCCUCCUUCUUGCGGUCAUCGUCAUGCUACCCGUCUACUGGGCAAGGAUGCAGCUGGCAAUUGGGCCACCGCCUCAGCUGCCUAUCCGCUUCCGAUGUGCACGUGGCUUGCCAAGAGCAUGCUGCGCCUCUUUCGCGCUGAUGGGGGUGAGGGCGCUUCUGCUCUUGGACACAGAGAUGAGAACCCUGCUGAUGGGGGUGGGGGCACUUCUGCUCCUGGACACAAAGAUGAUAACCCUGGGGGUGGGGGCGCUUCUGCUCCUGGACACAGAGAUGAUAACCCUGACGACUCGGAUGCUUCCUCUGAGGAGUCGCCUGCGAGCUUCGAUCUAUCCUCUUUGUGUCUUGUGGCGCCUGCAGGCACCUUACCUCGCGUGGACCAGGCUUCCGAUGCGGAGAAGUUUGCUGCGCGUGUACUGGGAAAGGGGAGAAUCACGCUGGGAGAGUUUGAUAUGCUGUGUGGCUUGCUUCCUUCGGACCCCGAGUCGCGUGCUACGUCGGGAGAUUUCACUUCGAAGACCUUCAUGAGUGGCAUGUACCAACAUGGGGGAGUCAUUGGUCUACGCACACAUAUGACAAGCCACCCUUGGACCACUGCAGUCCUGUGUGCCAUUCUCAGGGCUGCCUUCCCGGUGCAGCCGUUCACUUCAGUGGUGGUGUCGAGGAAUCGUCAGGUUGUCCCCCACCGUGACAGUCAGAAUGGCGACUACACCUGGAAUCUUUUGGUCCCAGCCUCCCGCUUCUCUGGUGGGGGGGUUUGGCAGGAAAGCGAAAAUGGGAAUGAGCCGAUGGAGUACGAGGGCGAAACGCGCUGGGGAAAGAUCCUACCGGUGGCCACGGGCCCUCAGCUACUCGACCCUCGGCGUCUUCAUGCAACCAUGGACUGGAAGGGUGUGCGCACAGUUGUCAUCGGGUUCUCGAUCCGGGACCCCGAGAAGGCGAGCCGCCAAGUUAAGGCAUCUUGGAAAAGAGUUUCAGGUUUGCAGGAUGCCACCCAGACUGACGAGGCCGUGGCACGAGGACGGGGAUCCACAGUUCGUCUGCAGGAGCGGGGUGCUGGGGAGGAAGGCGACACUUUUCACGGACACUUGGUGCAGGCACGCAAAGAUAACUUUGGGGAUCCCAUCACGGUCCAGUGGCGUGGCAAGGUGCACUCUUUCGUGGAUGGUUGCGGACUCAACAGCCCUGGCCGUUGGCGGCCGGCCGCCCGUGGGAGAGGGUUCCCUCAGGACACCGAGGCCUUUGUUCAGUCAUUGAGGAAUCUUCUGGAUGGGUUCAUACGUUCCGAAAUUGGCGAUGUACAACGGGCUUACUUCAUGCUGGCAUUGGGCAAAUAUGAGGAAGCGCCGUUCUCCGAGCAGGCCAUGGACCGUCUGCGCUCAUCAUGGUUUGCGCUCCUGGAGGACCCAGCUUCAGCAGCGCAUCGGGAGCCGGGCCAACCUUUCUUCUUGGAGGCCCUUUCCCAGACCUGUCGGGCUAUGGGGGACGAAGACUGGGAGGUUCUCACUCGAGCGGAAGAUAACUAUGCUCGUGGCCGCCGUCUCGGUGUGGGGCGUCCCUUCGAGCGGGUGGUAGCUGUCUUCAGGCCAAAGGGUAAGUGGCGAGAGUACGAUGAGUCCGAGUUCCAGGCCAUGAAUGAGAACUACGCUUCAGCGAAAGCGGUCCCUGAGCAGUUGGAGAAGCAGUUCGAGGAGGAAGAGGCGCUUGGGUUCAUGUACCCCUUGUCGGAGAAGGAGGCACGGCGCCGAUUCGGGGAUACCUUAAGGGUUGCUAGUCUUGGUGCCAUCAUCAAGGAUGAUGGCACAGUAAGGGCACUCUUCGAUGGAACACACUCGGUGAAGCUCAACAACUUGAUCACGAUCGCAGACAAGCUAGAGUUUCCCACGCCGUCGAAUGUGGCGAGGGCAAUGGAGAUCCAGCAGGAGGACGGCAACCAUCUCCUCGUGGGGAUCGCUGCUGACAUUGCUAAGGCUGCCCUGUUCCAGCUGUUGUUUGCAGAUGACCUGCAGAUUAUGGCUGGGGGGGAGAAGAAAUACCAUGAACUUUGGGUGGUGCUGGUUUAUGCUGGGCAAGUCCUGUACUGGCUGCGGCCUUUCAUGGGCCCCUUGCAUCGCUGGAAAGCGGCCAUCGCCCCGGGGACGGUGGCCCUGGUCCCUCGUAUGGUGCUGGUGGUUCUUCGCUACAUCUUGAAACUUCUGCAAGAAAAGCGCUAUCUUGUCAGUUGCAGGUCGCCACCCUUGGUGUUUCGCGAAGCUUUCCGCACAGAUGCUAAAGCGGAAGAUGAUUUCUUCGUGCUCGGAGGAUGGGAGACCUUGAGCAGCUUUGAUACUUCUUCAUGCCGCUGGUUUUCCAUUCGCAUCAAUGCUUCGGAUUAUCCUUUCUUGUUCAAUGCGCAAGGAACGGCAAAAGGGAUGAGCACCGUUGCCGAGCUUCUUGCGACUUGGCUAGGCCUACAUUUGUUCGGAUGGUUGGACACCGACGGCCAAAGCUUUACGGUUUCGGCCGGGACGGAUAACUUGGCGAAUGAGUUGGUCACGAGGCGCCAAGGCACGACGAAGUUUCCACUGACUUAUGUCUACAUGCAGCUGCAAUAUGACUUGUUCCGCUGCGGAGGACACAUGAACUUGAAUUGGCGCCCUCGUGAACUCAACACGGCUGCUGACGACUUGACGAACGGUAGGUUCGACGCUUUUGACUUGUCUCGGAGGAUCGAUAUGCCUUUCGCGGAUGUUCCGUGCAAACUUCUUCUUGAGCUUGCCAGCUUUCAUGAUGAGAUGUUGGAAUGGAGGAAAGGGGGAGAAGGAAGUGCCCCGGUUUCACGCCUCUCUAAGAGGCAGAAGAUUGCCACAAAGACCAAGUGGUAA